CGGAAGCUAAUAGAGGACACGGGGAAAAGAAGACUUGUAGCAGCAAAGAGAGGUUAAUUGAAUAACAACUGCAAAAAAGAGUAGCGAUCACGACAUCGGGCAUCAUUAGCAAUAGAAUAAUGACUAUAUAUUUGGAUAUUAUUAGUUGUUGACGCAUUAUGCCUGCAUAGAUUUCUACAAUCAUAAUUAUGAAAAUCUUUUGAAUACGUUUUCUACUGCAGUAUUAAGUGCACGUAGCAUUUACUAGCUUUACUGCUGUACCUCUGCCGAAAAUGAUUAACAUUGUUAGAUGGCACCUAAUUAGUGGAAUUAAGAGCCACAGAUUCGGUGACCCUGGAAUCUUUAAAACUGCGAAACAAAGAUGCUCGUGUGUUCAGGAAUUCAGCACUUCUCUAAAGAGAAAUCUAGUCAUGCCUGCAUGGGUUAUAGACAAGUAUGGGAGCAAUGACGUGAUGCGUUUCAAUAGCAACAUGGUAUUUCCUGUCAUCAAUUACCCCAAUGAAGUCAUCAUUAAAGUACACGCUACAAGUUUAAAUCCAAUCGAUGUUAAUAUGAGAAAUGGAUAUGGAUCUGCAAGUCUGAAUAUGACUCGUGAUCCACUAAAUGUGAAGUCUUCUGGUAGUGAAUUUCCUCUUGUGCUGGGGAGAGAUGUUUCGGGAGUUGUCAUGGAGUGUGGACUUAAUGUACGCUAUUUUAAACCUGGAGAUCAGGUGUGGGGAGCAAUUCCCCCAUGGAAGCAGGGUGCAUUGGCAGAGUUUGUUGUAACAAGUGGCAAUGAGAUAUCAAUGAAGCCAAAGUCACUUAGCCACACAGAGGCUGCAUCAUUGCCCUAUGUUACGCUUACAGCUUGGGCUGCCUUGGCCAAUAGCUGUGGGCUGAAUAAGGAAAAAUGCCCUGGAAAGAGGGUACUGAUUAUUGGAGCUUCUGGUGGAGUAGGCACUGCAGCUAUUCAGUUAUUGAAGGCUUGGGGAGCGCAUGUAACAGCAGUUUGCUCAGAAGACGCAUUUACUCUUAUAAAAAGUCUUGGUGCAGAUGAUAUUGUGGAUUACAAAGCUGCACAGCUGUCGGAGCAACUGAAAUCACAGGAACUGUUUGAUGUAAUUUUGGACAAUGUUGGAGGAGAAACUGAAAAACUGGCAUUUCAGUUUCUUAAGCCAUGGUCAGGAGCCACCUAUGCAACACUAGUAACUCCAUUUCUUUAUAACAACGAUCGACUGGGCAUAGCAGAUGGCAUGAUGCGCACCGGAGUUACUCUCAGUUCCAAAGUAGUAAAGCAUCUCUGCAAAGGAGUCCAUUAUCGUUGGGUGUUUUUCUCCCCUAGUGGACCGUAUCUGGAUGAGAUUGGAGAACUUGUUAAGGAUGGAAAGAUUCGUCCUGUGAUUGAUGAAAUCUUUUCAUUUUCUGAUGUUCCUAAUGCAUUCAGUAAAGUGGAGAAAGGACAUGCGAGAGGCAAAACUGUCAUUAAGGUUACAGAAAGCAAUAAAUAAAUUUAGCAUAUUUGUACCACU